UAAGGAAAUUAACAUUGAACCAAAACAUCAAUUAGAAUUUACAUAUAUUUCAAUGAAUUUGUUCUUUAUAUACAGAAAAAACCAUCUUCAUCUUCAUCUUCCAUCUUCCAUCUUCCAUCUUCCUCAACUACUCUGCUGCGGUGGUUUGUCUUCAUAAACACUUCCGAUCAAAGAUGUCUCUCCUUUCACCUCAAUCUCAACCUCAAACUACACCUCCAACCCUACCCCCACUCAGAAAGAAAACCACUUCAAUAUCUCUCGACGAAAUUGUUAUAUCAAAGCAAACCGUGAAUCAUCAAAACAGACCACCAGAGAAGUCAAAUUCAGACCUGAAAAAAUCAAGAGAAAUAUCAACGCUCCUGAAGCCUCGGCCUCGCCGGACCAACCCAUUCAUAUGGUGUAGUUCAAUUCUCUGUCUCCUUUUCAGCCUUAUUCUCAUCUUUUUUGGAAUAGCAACUUUGAUUAUCUUUCUUGUUGUUAAACCAAGAAACCCAUCGUUUGACAUUCCUAAUGCAAACCUUAGCGUUAUCUAUUUCGACUCACCAGAGUAUUUCAAUGGGGACUAUACUUUCCUUGCAAAUUUCUCAAACCCAAAUAGGAAAAUCGAUGUAAGGCUGGAGAAUUUGGUGAUAGAGCUUUUCUUUUCCGAAAGGCUCAUAGCAACUCAAGCUGUUCAACCUUUCACUCAAAGGCGAGGGGAAACCAGGUUGGAAUCAGUUCACUUCCUAUCCAGCUUAGUAUUUUUGCCUCAGAAUCUUGCAGUGGAACUUCAAAAACAGGUGCAGAGCAACAGGGUCAGCUAUAGUGUAAGAGGAAAGUACAAAGUGAAAGCCACUCUUGGUCUGAUCCAUUAUUCUUACUGGUUGCACACCAGAUGUCGCGUAGAGAUGACCAGUCCACCAACUGGUGUCUUAGUUGCCCGCAACUGCAAAACAAAGCGAUGAAGAUGAAGAACAUAAUUCCUCUCUACCUCUCUCUCUGUUUUUUUUUUCGAAUUAGUAGAAAAUGCAAUACAUAAUUCUGGUCUUCUAUUUUCCACUCUACUUAGGUUGAGAUCUAUAUAGCAAUUUUGGUGUACAAUCUAUCACGCGUACAGUUCUACUAAAAAUACUUCUUAUGGGUUGUAAGAAUCUAUCUCCGGGGAUUCUGUGAAGCUCUCGAACUCAAAAAAACGGUGGUAGUAGUUCUCAUUUCAUACAAAAUUAUUGUUGUCGAUUCGGUUGGUAGUCCUUGAUGAUGAUGAUGAGGUUAUUUAACUUGGGAGGCUGGAAUUAUACACCAUCAAUCAGCAGCCUGCCAAUAUAUCCGGAGAAACAAAUAGAGCAGCACUGCAGAGAAUCAUCAC